UCUUAAAGGACGACCGUUGCAGGGAGGCAAUGGCUGAAGCUGAGAGUAUGGGGGUUGACCAGAUCCUUAACCGGGCUCUUAACGAAGUGGCCAGUGCCAUGCUGACAAUAACUGCCGCUCGCACCCGUGCCUUGGCUACCAAUGAACACGCUCAGGCAAAGGACGUCGAGGAGUUCCAGGUGAAAGACAUCAAGGAGCUCCAGGCUGCAGAAGCCAGGCACGUUGGGGAGUUGGAGGUGGUCACCCAGCAGAAGGAUGCUGUGGUGGCAAAGCUGGCGGAGGCUGAAGUUUCUCAGGCAGCUUUGAAGAAGCAGAGGGACGAUUACCAGGAUUCCAGCCGAAUCCAAUAUCGUGAAGUCAAGAGGCUCAAGGAGGAGCUCCUUGCUAAGGACAAGACCAUUGCUGUUCGCGAGAGCCAGGUGGAGCAGCUGAAGCUUACCAAUGCUAAAGAUCUGGAGAGGUACAAGAAAGCGACACUUCGGUGUUUUUACGACUUUUGGAAACACAACCGGGGUGCCAACUUUAACUACCUUCCAGAGGAUGCUAGGAACGUUGAGCUAGCCUGCUGCACUAUUUGAUUGGCUGCAGAAGAAGAAAGAGCAAGGAUCCCUGCUUCCCCAAGCAUCCAGCCGGCCCCUGGCGCAGAGGAAGGAGGAGUUGUUAAUGAUG